UGAUGAGGGCUGGCAUUUGCUGGUGUUAUGUUAUCCCACCCUGGGAUGUCAGCCGCCUCCCAAUAAAUAGGGGGCUCCGCUGGGGCUCCUGCUCACACACGCCUGCCUCUCUCCCUCCCCGCUGCAGAGAGCUCAGCUCCAAAGGGCCACAGAGACGGAAGCAUGCAGGCCACGCUGCUCAGCCUCCUGGGGCUAGCCCUGUUUGGUGCUCUCCAUGGGCAGGAGGAAGUCACCGUACAACCCGACUUUCAGCAGGAGAAGUUCACAGGGAAGUGGUAUAGCAUCGGCCUGGCCUCCAACUCCAAGUGGUUCAUGGAGAAGAAGCAGGUGCUGAAGAUGUGCACCACAGUCGUCACGACCGCAGCAGAUGGGAACCUGAAUGUCACCUCCACCUACCCCAAGUUUGAUCGGUGCGAGAAGAGGAACAGCCUUUUCAGCAAGACAGAGCAGCCAGGCCGAUUCAGCUAUACCAGCCCACGCUGGGGCAGCCGGCACGACAUCCGUGUGGUGGAGACCAAUUACGACGAGUACGCCCUACUGUACACCAAGAAGUUCAAGGGCACCGACACCUCCACCAUGGUGACUCUGUACGGCAGAACUACGGAGCUGGACCCCAAACUACAGGAGAUGUUCACCCGGUUCUCCUUGGCGCAGGGGCUCCCAGAGGACGCUAUUCUCCUGCUGCCAAAAACUGGCCCAGAUCCUCCCGCAUAGAUGUAGCAGUCUCUGCUCUGUAGCCUCAUGCGCCACUGGGCUAGUGCUUCUGUGUAUAACAGCCCCUCCCAAGUAAAACCGAGAUGUAAAACACCA